AUGUUAGUAUCGCGGGCACGAUACUUCGCUCGUCAGAGCAGAGUCGGCUCUACAUAUCACACACACCGCUGUCUUUUCUCACCCCCACAACAACACUAUGCCGUUCCGGCUACUGCACACGCCACCAAGGAAGAAAUAAUCCACAAUGAUGACUUUCUGCAAGGAAGCGCAGCAACCUACAUCGACAUGAUGUAUUCGUCGUGGAAGAAUGACGCAUCCUCUGUACAUCUUUCAUGGCAGGCGUAUUUUCACAAUGUCGAGAAUGGCCAUAUACCCAUGGACCAGGCAUUUAUGCCGCCUCCAGGUCUGGUGACAGGAUCGUUGAGGACAUCAAUUGCAGCUAGUUCGCGAGAGGAUAGCUCCACUGUCAAACAGUUGAAGGCGAUUCAGCUGAUCCAGGCGUAUCAGAGAUGGGGACACGAGUAUGCAGCUACUGAUCCGCUAGGAAUGGUGAACGAAGGAAAGGUUCGUCGGAAAGAGCUGCAAUUGAGUCACUAUGGGCUCAGUGAGCAGGAUCUCGAUGUCGUGCUCACCGUUGGGACAGGCUCUGUGCAGGAUUUCACAUCCGAUGAGCCCAAAACUCUGCGGGAGGUUAUCGCUGCCUGCGAGGAGACUUAUUGCAGCACGACGGGGAUUGAAUACAUGCAUAUCUCAAAUCAGGAGCAAGUGGACUGGAUCCGAGCUCGUAUUGAGGGCGCACAGCGCUAUCAGUUCACUGACGAGGAGAAACGACGUAUGCUACAUGGUCUCGUCCGCGCUACUAGUUGGGAAAAGUUCAUUGCGACAAAGUUUCCGAAUGAGAAGCGGUUCGGGUUAGACGGUGUCGAGAGCUAUAUUCCUGCGCUGGAGGCUGCGAUUGAUAGGUCAGCUGAGAAUGGUGUUGAUAAGAUUGAAAUGGGAGUUGCGCAUCGAGGCCGCAUGAAUAUGCUGUACAAUAUUGUCGGGAAGGAUGGGGCAUCCAUGUUCCUUGAUUUCGAUCCCAAGCGGACCUCUUAUUGGGAUAUUCCGGGGGAUGUUAAAUAUCAUUACGGUAGUAGUGGUGAGCGCGUGACACCGUCCGGUAAGAAAGUGUACAUGAAUGUGCUGCCUCAACCAUCGCAUUUGGAUUCAGUGAGCCCGGUUGCUAUGGGCAAGACGCGCGGGAUCCAGGAUCGACUUGCGGAUGGCCAAAAGUCCGUAAUGAUGCUAAAUGUGCACACGGAUGCGUCCUUUGCCGCUCAGGGCACUAUAUAUGAGACUUUGGGGCUGUCUGGCUUGCCCGGGUAUAGCACUGGCGGUACGCUGCGCGUGAUUGUUAACAACCAAGUCGGCUUCACCACAGAUAUGUGGCAGGCAAGGUCGACGCCUUAUUGCACAGAUGUGGCUAAGAUGCUGGAUGCACCAGUUAUCCAUGUUAACGGAGACGAUGUCGAAGCGGUUUGCUCGGCGGCGAUUAUUGCAGCUGAUUUCCGCACACGAUUCAAGAAAGACUGCGUGGUCGAUAUCAUUUGCUACCGGCGCAACGGACACAAUGAGAUGGAUCAAGCUUCUUUCACUCAGCCUACCAUGUACGAGCGGAUUGCUGAUAAGGUCCAUAUUCUAGACCAGUACGAGGCAGGGCUGAUUGAGCAAGGCAUCAUAACACGGGAGCAGGUGGAGGCCAUAAAGAAUGAUGCAUGGGACAAGCUUACGCAGUGUCUGGAAAAGAGUGGCGAUCAUAAACCUGAUGCCCGCGAGUGGCUAAUCGACUCUUGGAAAAGUGUGAAAUCACCCGUGGAGUUAGAAAGAGAGACACUACCACCAAAGGUGACAGCCAUUGACCACCAGGCUAUGGAGACUGUAUCCCAGAAACUGGGAGCUGCGGUCCCCGAAGGUUUCGUACUACACAAGAAUCUAGAGCGUAUCCUCGCUCGUCGCAAGCAGACAGUCGACUCUGGAAAGGAUAUUGACUGGGCAACAGCUGAGGCUCUCGCUUUCGGCACACUAUUGCGAGAGGGCACGACUGUCCGUGUUUCCGGGCAGGAUGUAGAACGAGGCACCUUCUCUCAGCGACAUUCAAUACUCCACGAUCAACAGUCCAACAACACUUACAUUCCACUAAGCACCCUCGGUGAAGGUCAAGGUCUCUUCAGCAUUACCAAUUCAUCGCUGACCGAGAAUGCCGCGAUGGGCUUCGAGUACGGCUAUUCGCUAGCUGACCCAAAUGCACUAGUGAUGUGGGAAGCGCAAUUCGGAGACUUUGCCAACAAUGCUCAGUGCAUUAUCGACAAUUAUAUUGCAUCAUCUGAAGACAAAUGGCUCCAAAGGUCGGGUGUGGUCCUUUCCUUGCCGCACGGAUACGACGGCCAGGGGCCGGAGCAUACAUCAGCUCGAUUGGAGAGGUUCCUGCAAUUAGGAAAUGAAGACUCAAGGUCUUUCCCAUCAUCUGGGCAGCUGAAGCGGCAGGAUCAGGAUUGCAAUAUACAAGUAGUAUGCAUGACCACCCCGGCCAAUUACUUCCAUGUCCUGCGCCGGCAAAUCCAUCGCGAGUUUAGAAAGCCACUUAUCAUCCUCUUCUCCAAAUCUCUGCUCCGCCAUCCCCUUGCUCGCUCCGAUAUUCGAGACUUUACUGAAACGCCUUACUUCCAACCUCUUUUGUCUGAAACUGAGCACAGCAAAACCAUAGAUGACCCUCAGGAUAUCAAGCGUGUCAUUUUCUGCUCAGGCCAGGUCUAUGCUGCCCUCUUCAAGUACCGCCAAACCCAUGGCCUGAGGGAUACAGCCAUCACACGAGUCGAGGAACUCCAUCCCUUCCCUUGGGAACUAGUACGACAAAACCUGGAUACUUACCCCAACGCGAAGGAUAUCGUCUGGUGCCAGGAGGAAACACUAAAUGGGGGUUCCUGGAGCCAUGUGAUGCCGCGCAUGGACCUCAUCUUGCAAAAGACAAAGAACCACAGAGAUAAGAGGGUGAGGUUUGCAGGGCGAGGGCCGGCAUCAGGUGUGGCUGUGGGGUAUAAGGCAUUGCAUGCACUGCAGGAGCAAAUGUUGUUGAAUGAUGCUUUUCAGUUUGAGUAA